AUGGGAUACACGUGUGAACGAGUUGGCACCUUUGCUGCGUUGAUCGCUUUUUGCAUUAGUGCUUCCUUGGCGACGGUUGCCCUCUUUACUUCACAUUGGUUCGAUUCAGCGAUUUUAACAAAAACUGGUGGAAUCGCAGCGGGAGCACAUGUGAAUGCAGGAUUAUUUUGGGGAGAAAGAGUGCUCGAAUAUGAAAAUGGAGCAAGGAAAUAUAAUUUUAGCGUUGUUACCGAGGUUCGAGCUGGGUAUUCUUUCAUGGCAAGACCUGUGUGGUGUUUUUGUGUUUUCUUUGCAGCUCUCGGGCUUUUGUGGGUGGGCGUUGGCAGUUUUGUUGCGUUGUUUGCAGCAAUUUCACGAAAGAGGCAAUCCGUCGCUGGGCCAAUCGGCAUUUAUCUAUGGAGCUUAUUAGCUUUGAUCAGCUUCAGCGCUUGUGUGUUGAUCUACUACAUCCAAUUCAUGGCCACAAUCAAAAACAAUGUUUUGCUGCAGACACAUUUGGAUGCUGGUUUAAGUACACAAGAUCAAGCAAGACUUGGCACCUCAUUCUACAUGAUGUUGGCUGCAUUGGCUGCUUUAUAUUUCCCGCCAACAUUCAUCUUUUUCUCUCAUCAGCAACAGAGAAAAGCUCGACAAAAUGCGAAAAUUUCGAACCUU